CCACAAACUGCAAAAACCGCCCCUUCGCAAACGUGCAAACAUGACCGCUGACUCCACAACUGCGGCGACAGGCGGGUCUCCCCCUGCCCUCGACUCCAAAGUGGAGGUGCGACUAGACGAUCGUCCUACUGGUGUUGCUCCCGUCAAAGCCGAAUUCCGAAAAGGUAGACCAACCGGCAAAGUAGGCAUCCUCCUAGCCCCUAAACCGGAAGUCGAAGACGCAGCAGAGGAAGACAAACUUUACAACGAAGGGAACUCGGAAGUCUCUGUGAAGCGCGAAAGAGACGAGGGCGCUGACGAUGACGAUAGCCCUGCGACGGCGGGCCCGCCUACUAAACGCGGACGAGGCCAAAACAAAAACAGAAGCAGGGCACCUAUCAAAGACGAGAUCAAGCUUUGCAAAGAAAUUGCAGCUGGGAACGAAUGCUCGUUUGGCGUGAAUUGCAAACACUCUCAUGAUGUAGAAGCGUAUCUCGCCGCCAAGGGACCCGAUUUGGGGACGGAGUGUCCCGUAUACUCUCUGUUUGGGAAAUGCAAGUACGGCUAUAAAUGCCGAUUUGCAGGUGCACACAUGACCCCCGACGGGAAGUUGACCGAGGACACAGCGAAAGUGGCAGCCGUCUCAGAAAAGGAGAUUUUCAAAAACAUAAUCGAUGUUGACUUUCAGCGGAAGUUCCGCGGCAGGAAAUUGCAGACGCCGAAGUCCGACAGAUAUGCUCGGUUUGUCGAAGCUGCGAAAAUAUUGAGGGAAUACAACGUAGCGUUCGAGGUGGCUCAGGGCCGGGAGCGAAAGGCUGCUGGGCUGGUGGAAACUAUGCCAGAAGGGAACAUCGGGGAAGGCGUUGGUAGCGAUGUCGUCGACCUUACGUCUGAGCCUGCGGCCGUUGACCUUACGAAUGAGCCGCCCGUCGAGGCGCUUCCGAUAAAUUACCCGAAGAAGAAUGAAAAAUAUUUAAAAGCGGAGAAAGUCCUGGAGGAAUUCGAAUACGACCCUAUCAGCCUAAGAUUCAAAUGCGAUAGAUCUCGUAAGAAGACAAUCGAUUUCCGCGGAAAGACGUACUUGGCGCCUCUGACUACCGUCGGAAACCUCCCCUUCCGCCGCGUGUGCAAGGGCCUCGGUGUCGACAUCACAUGUGGCGAGAUGGCGAUGGCACAGAACCUGAUGCAGGGACAAAGGCAUGAAUGGACGUUGACUCGUCGCCACGCGUCAGAAGACAUCUUCGGUGUGCAGAUUGCGGGCAACAGCGUGCAGAUCAUCACAAAAGCGUGUGAGGUCCUAAAAGACAGCGGCAUGGAGAUCGACUUUGUUGACCUCAACCUAGGGUGUCCCGUGGAUGCUAUCACUCGUAUGGGAGCAGGAAGCGCUCUGAUGGACAACCGCGGUAAACUGCUCGACAUCAUCGGCGGCGCGCACUACACGUUGGACGAUAUACCCAUCACCGUCAAGUUUCGCAAUGGGAUCUUUUCCAACAAGCCCAUCGCGCGGAAACUCGUUCCCAAAUUCAUCGAAUGCGGCGCAUCCCUCCUGACGCUGCACGGCCGCUCCAAAGAACAACGCUACACCAAACUAGCCGACUGGGACUACAUCGCCCAAUGCGCCGCGGAUGCACGCAACACAUGCGCCCAACUCAACAUCCCCCAAGUCCCCUUCUUUGGCAACGGCGACGUACUCUCCUCGCAAGACUACUGGAACCACCUCGACCAAGCGAACAUCGAUGGUGCACUUAUCGGCCGCGGCGCGCUCAUCAAGCCAUGGAUCUUCACAGAAGUUAAGGAACGCCGCGUAUGGGAUAUUUCGUCCCGUGAGCGGCUGGAUAUCCUGAAAGACUUUGCAAAGUUCGGGCUGGAGUAUUGGGGUUCGGACACGCAGGGCGUGAACACUACCCGACGGUUCAUGUGUGAAUGGUUGUCGUUCCUCUACCGGUACAUCCCUGUUGGGUUGCUGGAGGUACUCCCGCAGAGAAUCAACGACCGUCCGCCGGCGUACUUUGGCCGUGAUGAGUUAGAGACGCUGAUGGCUAGUCCGAACUCGAAGGACUGGGUCAAGAUAUCCGAGAUGUUGUUGGGCAAAGCUCCUGACUCGUUUUCUUUCAUCCCAAAGCACAGAUCGAACGCGUACGAGACCGACGACUUUGAAGGAUAAGGCCGAAAAACAUUCACAUCCCGUCUAGAAUCAUCCCUCGAACACGUUAACUUAAACAGUUUACACUGUUGUACAUACAAUUCUUGUCUGCUCGGUUCACCAGCUUGUUUGCAUCUCAGGCAAUGAAGGACA